AUGCCUGAGGUUAGCAGCAGGUUCGCAGGCAGGAUACUGUCGUGGUCGUGGUGUAUUAUUGACAAACGACGCGACGACGAAAACACCGGCUCGGCGGGAGAAAAGCUUCCGCGCUCGGUUAAACUUCUUCCCGUCCUCAGCAAUAUCUUGAGUUGGGAGCACAUUAGAUUGAUUGGAUUGCCCGGAUACGAUGUCCGGGAAGGCGCUGGGGGCGUGCCAGUAGUGCCAAAAUAUAUCGGGUACCUGCUGCGUUACGAAAAUGAUUUUCGUCUCCGUCAGUGUUUUCUUCGAUUUAGGAUCACAGUAUCUGAAACUGGCAUCUUCAAAGUCCAAGCUGAAGAAUCCUUCUCGAUCUUGAAGACCUGCAAGUCCCAUGCCCUCGGUGCCGCUGCCGACGCUCUAUGCUGGCAAGGUAGUAGUAUCCUUGAAGACGGUCAGUUUAUUGGCAGUGCACGAUUUGGGCUGCAUUGCAAGUGCCCGGUCUGGAUAGCUGUAUUCGACUUCAUCCGCGACAAAAAGUCUUCAGCUCCCUAUAACGCAUUGAAUAGGUGGAUAUUGAGAUCACUACAGUCCUUCGGAUUAUGCAACUGGCUUUCCAUUUCCUUAUCACAACAUUGCACUUCUGAAAGCAAGUCCAAGGAAUGCAUAUAUCUGCUCUUACGAUGGCGUGCAUGCUACCUGGAUAUCGAAGUAUCGGCUCCGUGGGGUCUUCUGUUUGAAGAGCCCACGACAACCACACCUCGUGGAUCCCCAGCUGCUGGAACAGAUCAACACUGUCAACUACCUGUAGAGCAUCCAAAGGAACUCUAUAGGCCCGGCAAGCAUAGAUUGCCGCAAGCCAUUGGGAUCCCUGGCCUGUGGCUCACGACUGCGACUGCGACUGCGACUGCAGCUUAUUGUCUUCCUUUCUUCCGUGGAGUGGAAAACUGCAGCAAUAAGACCAAAGAGAAUAUAAGCAGAGCUCAGGCACCAUACGUGGGUGGCGAACCAGGAGGGUGGCCUGGCCCAUUGCCCCCUAACUACACGUUGCGAAGGCCAGUCUUCGCAAGGAACAAAGGGCACACCACGACAAGCCGUGAAGAAAUUAUGCAGAGUAGAAUACUGACGCAGAUAGUUCGGGUACACCAGAAGCCAAAUUUACAGGUUGCGAGUGCUGUAAAAUCAGAGAGAAAAGCAGUACAAAGAAACAGCAACAAGGCACGAAAGAACAAAGCUGACAUUCAGAGAAGAUUGAGGGUUAGGACCCGGGCUUUAGACCGGAGCCUCGUAUCACUUUGCUGCAGAACCGAGGUCGUGGUCCCCGAACGGACUUCCUCCAAGGACAAACAAAAGCUCUUGAACCGGGCUAUUAAUAACAGACAGCCACAUGGUUUCCAUCUUCGGGUGCUUCUGUUGCACCCGUUUUCCAGAUCAAAACUCCUUGGUAUAUCAUCCAUCUCGAGUUCAAGUAGAUGUCUUUGCUUUUCGAGUCUACCACUGCCAAAUGAGGCCGCAUUCUUUCGGGACAAUUUUGAUUGUCGUCGUCCAUUGACUGGCACGCCGGAAGACCUCACCAGUAUUUAUACUGGAAUUGCGGGUGGACCUUUUUUCGCUGCCUGUCGUCUGAUGACAGAAUUUGCAGUGAUUGUGGCCGAAUGGCCGAUUUAUUCAAAUUUUCAAACGGCAGCAUCUGAGACGGUCUAUGGCCUUUCGUACUUUCGAAGCCCCCAUGAUUUUGCGAAUAGCUUUUCUCGAUCCAAUUCAAGCCCCAGGUGGAUUACGUUUUGCGAUUCGCCUCUUCUCAUCAAGAGAAGAUGGGCUGAACAAGUUAUGUGUUUCGUGUUCCACUCCCUAAGAGAUCUGCUGAACAAGAUGUGCGUUUCAUGUUCCACAAGGAGCAAGUACUCCUACGCUCCCAAAACCCACGCAGUUGGAAAUUAUGUAUCGCGGCGCAAGACAUCCGUGACCCCCAACCUCCAAGCCGGAGGCUUUAUGCAUAAGACUGACGGCAUAACAUCCCAACUCCCGCUCCCACGGCCAAGUUUGCCUGUCAUUGGCCGUUUAUCACCAUGCCCCUGA